UCAGGUUCUCUCGCCUUCCAGAGAGUGAGCUGAAGUGGAAGUCCGCCGAUGAGGUCGCCCGGCGAAGCGAGCGCCCCGUCCGCUCCGGCGAGCGGCGGCGGCGGCGGCUCCGCCUUCGCGGAGAGAGCCUCCGAGGAGGUCCUCGCUCGCUACCGCUCCCUGCCGAAGGGGAAGCCCCAGGGGCGCGAGGUCACCGUCCUCGCCGCCUUCCUCCUCUCCUCUCCUUCUCGAGAACUGGAAGUGGUUUCGCUCGGGACGGGGACGAAGUGCAUCGGGCGUUCUCUGCGGAGCCUCCACGGCGACGUCGUGAACGAUUCUCAUGCUGAGAUCAUCGCGCGGAGAGCUCUGAUGAGGUACUUGUAUGCUGAGAUCCAACGACUUAAGAUGUCUGACGGUGAUGAUGGAAAUGGCCAUGGGAGCGACCGAUUUCGAUGCUGCGGUGAUGUUCGUGAUCGUGAAUCGCCGCUCGAGCCGAUCCUAGAAGGCCACGGCGAGGGGAAGUACAGAAUGAGGGUGGGUUGGCAAUUGCAUCUGUACAUAUCGCAGUUGCCAUGCGGAGUUGCUCCUCCCCUGUCCCUGUUGCCUCAUAAAAUAUCUGCAAUGAUGGAAGAAAAUGAAGUCAAGGUACCAUCAAUGGUGGAAGACACAGGAAGGAAGGGUUUCAGAGGAUAUGUUGAAUUACAUUCUUUAAUUCAAUAUGUGUUCCUUUCUCUGCAAAUUCAUGAGUUAACGAUGUGGAUCACUAGAGAUGAGUUACCAAUCGUUGCCUCUGUUCAGAGAAAGCCUGGACGUGGUGAUACUACAUUGUCAGUCUGUUGCUCAGAUAAGAUAGCAAGAUGGAACAUUGUUGGUGUUCAAGGUUCUUUGCUUUCCUACUUCCUCGAACCAGUUUACCUGUCUUCUGUGAUAGUUGGACGGUCUCCAAAUAAUUCUGAAGACAUUUUGGUGCAGAAUAAGCUGCAGCAUGCUCUAUAUGAAAGAUUAUCAUGCUUUCCACAAGAGCAAUUAAGUCCCUUCCGAUUGAACAAGCCAUUGUUCCUGGUGGGCCCAAUACCACUGGUGGAAUUCCAGCAUUGUGAGAGUGCUGCGGGGACUCUAACAUGCGGGUAUUCAUUAUGUUGGAACAAGUCUGGGUUGCAUGAGGUUAUUCUUGGAACCACGGGAAGGAAACAAGGCACCUCUGCCAAGGGGGCACGCUAUCCAUCAACCGAGUCAUCUUUUUGCAAGAGGCGGUUAUUGGAGAUAUUCUUGUCACUCAAGCAUGAGGGCGCAGCCAAUGAGCCAUGCAAGGAGACUACUUAUCGAGAAUACAAGGAAGGAGCUCAGUCUUACAGGUCAGCUUCGAAGGCUCUAAAAGAUACACCCUCUUUUAACAAUUGGCUGUUGAAACCACUCAAUCAUGAGGCUUUUACUAUCAUGAGAUAGUAUAUUGUCAAUGAUCAUAAGAGGAGAAUACAGAAGGAUCUGAUGGUGAAGUGGGAUGCAUAAAAUAACUCCGUAACUCUCCAGUUUUCGUUAAACACGUCUGCUUUUGUUGUCGUCGUCAUCGUCCAAGGAAUCAGAAUGCUUGAUGAAAAGUGGAAGAAGGGCAAUAAGAUUCCUUCGCUACGCUUUACUGGUAAUUACCAGAAGCGUUGAAAAGCAGGUGAAAAGCGCUUCACCGCCUGACAAUAUUCGCCUUUGUGCUCGCCUGACGUCCCCGUGAAGAUGGCAACGGCAGUUCCUCAUUUAGUUAGUAGGAAUUGAAUUGGUGGGCUAUUUCUUCUUUGAAAGAUGAUCUAACUUUUUCGUAACUA